GUGGUGUAAUCUGUAAGAGGUUUAGCAACACACGCUGGCAGAGCAGAGUGCGUGGCGCACAUUCAUCAUGGCGAGCGCUGCAUCAGCCACGAGCGCACCAACAUCACACAAGGAACCUGUGAGUAACGGUGUGGCUGAUAAUGCUCCUAGUUUUAAGGCUGCAGAAACAGUAAUAGAGUUAGCACAGAACCAUAAGCCUAAACCAGAACCCAGUGGCCUGGUGUUUGGGACAGUCUUCACUGACCACAUGCUGACCAUUGAGUGGAGACUAGAGGAAGGCUGGCAGAAGCCACACAUUCAGCCUUUUGGGAACCUGUCCGUACACCCAGCCUGUUCCUCCCUGCAUUAUGCUGUACAGCUUUUUGAGGGCAUGAAGGCGUAUCGUGGUCCAGAUAACAAGACACGUCUCUUCAGACCCAUGCUGAACAUGAAGCGGAUGCUGAAGUCUGCACAUAGAGCUUGUCUGCCUAGUUUUGAUGGUGCAGAGUUUUUGGAGUGUAUCAGGAGGCUGGUGGAGGUGGAUCAGGACUGGGUUCCUCAGUCAGACUCUGCCAGUCUGUACAUUCGUCCCACCUUCAUGGGCACAGAGCCCUCGCUUGGAGUGAAGAAGCCCUCGAGUGCAUUGCUGUUUGUCAUUCUCAGUCCUGUUGGCUCAUACUUUAGCACAGGAGCCAAACCAGUGUCUCUGUGGGCUGACUCCAAAUACAUCAGAGCCUGGAAAGGAGGAACAGGAGACUGCAAGAUGGGAGGGAACUAUGGCGCAUCUAUCUAUGCCCAAUAUGAGGCAGUGGAUUACGGCUGUCAGCAGGUUCUGUGGCUUUAUGGGGAUGAUCAUCAGAUCACUGAAGUUGGCACCAUGAACCUUUUCCUCUACUGGAUCAAUGAAAAAGGGGAGGAGGAACUUGCAACGCCACCACUAGAUGGAAUCAUUCUGCCAGGCAUUACACGGCAGAGCAUCCUGGAACUUGCUCGCAAAUGGGGUGAGUUUCAAGUGUCAGAGCGCUAUCUGACCAUGGGCGACCUGCGUCAGGCCCUGGCAGAAAACCGAGUGAAGGAGAUGUUUGGUUCUGGAACGGCUUGUGUCGUUAGUCCAGUUGGCAGGAUUUUGUAUCAGGGAGAGAAUCUACAUAUUCCAUGUGAGGGAAACUGCCCUCAUCUUGCCUCCAGACUGAUGAAGGAGCUCACAGAUAUUCAGUAUGGACGGACACCCAGUGACUGGUCUUUUGUUGUGUAAAGCAACCUCGAUGUUUUGGACAUGUCUGGUCAACAUACACAUGCACUCUUCAGCACAUAUGUUUAAAAACAUGCACAUUAUAAAUGAGGGCUUGAGUUGUGGCUACAUCAAAUACUUACUUUGCCACAUCACAAUAUUUCUUUGUUUUGUACAAAGUAUGCCAGCUGAAACUAAAACCUAAUCUAGCAAUAAUGUGUUGCUCUGUCACAGACUGAUCCACUCAGAUGCCUCUUUCUGGUCACAUUUUCUCAAAUACAGUUUAUUCUAAUAAUCGGUAACCUGCAAAACACAAUCAUACAGAAACUCUGACUAGCUGUAUCCUUUACACUAGCUCACCCAAAAAUUGUAAUUCUCUCAUCACCCUCAUGUUGUUCCAAACCCAUAUGACUUUCUUUCAUCCGUGGAACACAAAACGAGAUGUUAGGCCGAAUGUAACGUUUCAGUCACCAUUCACUUUCAUUGCGUCAUUUUUUUUCCCCAUACAGUGAAAAAGAAUAGUGACCGAGGCUGUCAGUCCCUAAUAUUCUGCCAUUUGUUUUAAUGUUCAACAAAAGACAGAAAGUCAGAAAGUCAAAGCCAGGUUUGGAACGACAUGAGGGUGAGUAAAUAAUGACAGAAUAUUCGUUUAUGGAUUAAAUAUUCCUUUAAUGUUAUACUGUAGAUUCUUGCUCCACUGUAUCAUUAGAUCUGAUUGACCUAUACAUGCAGUAGAUAACAUAUUGAUGCUGUUGAUAAUAUGAUAAUAUGCCAUUACGGCCAUAUUGCACAUGUGCUGUAAAAGAUAGAUAUAUUUAGAGAUAUUUUAAGGUAGUGUGUGUUUUUGUGAUAGAACUUUAUUUUUUCAAGACAUGAAAUGCUUAAUCGUAGCUCAUAAUAGGAUAACACUAAUUGUAAAACCCUUCCAUUCCUGCACAAACCCAGAGUAUUAUUACAUUAGAUAAAAAUGAUGUCUGCACUGAAAUGGAACCUUAAAAUCCACAUCAUGUUUUUAUUUAAGUGUUUGUAUGUUCUAACAGUAUGAUCCUUCAAUUACUGUAAAACUGUGUUGUUUAGAAUGGGGUUUUAACAGUUACAAAAGCACAAAUUAAUUUAAGGAUAUACAGUAGAGAUGUGUAUAAUACAUAUACUGUAAGUACUAGUAAUUGACUUAGUAUUUUAGUGAACUAGUGAGUAUUUUGUGGUAAGAAAACCGAAAUAAAUAUUCACAAAAAAGUA